GAAGACAGCGCUGUGGAAAUGAAGAAGAUAAGACAGCGAUGGAAAUGGCGUCAGUCACUAUCCGUGGCUGUGCUCUGUGCACGGUAACUUUGUUGAACUUUGCCUUUGUUUUUUUAUCUGGUGCAGAUUUUAUUCGCUUCAUAUCAUUCCGAGCCAUCUACCAUAACAUCACCGGAGAGACGACACUUUGCCAAGACUCCAUACCAUGGUCAGAGGCACUACGAGAUCGCUCUGUCCUCAAGUCUCUGGUCAUGGAUGCGGCUCUGCUGGCUCUUUUCACCGUGCAGCACAGUCUGCUUGCAUGGCUGCCUGUCAAACAGGCCUGCCAGUCCAUCCUGGGCUCCCUGAACAGGACUGCGUACUGUUUCACCACUGCACUGGCUCUGCAGAUCUUGAUGCAUUACUGGCAGCCUGUAACUGGCGCCCCCUGUCUGUGGUCAGUGCGCCAUGCACCUUGGAGCGUCUGGUUCCCUCUCCUCUGUUUCGCUGUGCACUUCUUUUGCUGGGCCAUCAUCUGCACCAUCCUCAUGAUGUUUGACUACCCAGAACUUCUGGGCAUUAAGCAGGUGUAUUACCAAUGUUUGGGUAUGGGGGACCCGCUGUCCUACAAAUCAUCCCAGGCCCAACGUUUCCUCUCUCACUUCCGCCAUCCGGUGUGUCUGGAACUUGGCGUUGUGCUGUGGCUCCUGCCGGCUUUAUCCCUGGACAGGCUGCUCCUGGCAUUAACGAUGUCAGUCUACCUGGCGUUGGCACACUCGCUGGACAAACAGGAUUUAGCUUUCCUUUGCGACCAGCUUAACAGCAAGUUUCAGCUCCUUACCGAGCCGCACCGGGCCAAAGCCCCAACCGCCAGCCUUGACAGCAAGCACAAGGAGAAGUGAAAGUAGUCAUACUGCUGUGACCUAGAGCCAACUUAAAAUAAAACACUGUCAUUAAACUAACUGACGUCUCUCCUGGACUUGGAAGACCCUCCCCUCCGCCAUGUCUUCUUGAUGUCUUAGUACAUUUGCUGUUUAACAAAAGGAGGAUGCCGUUACAAAAUGUGAUUCCAUUUCACCCAGAGAAACCACAACAGAUCUUUUUUUCUUCCUCAAUAUGCAUUUCUGAAUGGUGAUUGGUUAAUGGUGAUAUAAUAGGCUGUCAUUUUUUUAUUGUUUCAUUUUUUAUCGUUUAUUAAAAGCUGCUGCUGACCUUUGAA